AUGCCGAAGCGCUUGCGGCUCAUCGAGGACGACGGCCGAGAGGAGUUCGCGGAGUCGAACUUGUGGAAGAGGCUCGCCGUCACAGAGGAAACUCGCCACCAGCCGCAGCGCGGCGCUGCGCAGCUUGAGGCGGACCAGGAGCAGCUCCCAGGGGAUGAGGAGCAGGUUGUGACGAACGGGCGUCGCAGGCCACGCGCCCAGGAAGACGACAUUGCUGCCACACCCCAUGAAGCCAUCGAGAGUUUGGCAGCAGCACGGGGCGAGGUUCACCUUGUACUGGACCUCAUCAAAUGGUUGAUCGAUCGCAAUGGCCAAGAAGUGGCUGUCACGCCCAUAACUGAUACUCGCAACCCUGUGCAGCGCCUGUCCCAGCUUGCAGAGGACUGUGCUGUGCGUUGUGGCCACAAGCAGAGUGCCUUGAGUGCGGCAGGUACCCACCUGAGGGCAGGGGUGCAAGCACUGAGAGAGCGGUGUAGAAGGGAGAACACGUUCUAUUACGAGCUUGCUAAACUUCAGAGCUACUGGAAGGUCCAGCACAAUCCAUCUGGGUCAGAGGCAGACUUUUCCUUCGACCUGUUUCUUGGUCGAACAGCUGAAAAGCACAGCACCCAUCAACCUCCUCCCCGUGUGAAAGUGGAUAUCCUGAAGGACGCGAUGGGCCAAGUGAAAGUCUCCAUUGACAAAGAGUACAGGAGCAGCUGGAAAGGUACCAGAUCGCGAUUGGUUGAUGCUGAUGAUACCAACGAAGAUGGGGGCUCUUCACCGCAGUUUGCGAUUGGGGGCCAUGCUGUGCAUGCUCACUUGCUGCAGCAACAGCAGGAGAUGGUGUGGUGGUUGCUCGAGGAGACACUGCAUCGCCAAGGGGCCAAGAGCGCGCACCAUUUCAACUUUUUGCAAACUUUGACGAACAAGCUGCUCACAAAGACGGCCACAACUCAGGACCCAAGCCUUGCAGCAUUUGAGCCGUUUCUGUUGCAGCACUUCCUGAGCCACUUGUUUCAAACGCCAAUGUCAAAUACCAUGGUGGGAACACCCGAUGGCAACAAGCUGCUCUCCGAGGUGGUUCUUUGGCUGGGGCACGCUUUGUGGGGCCGACAGCAUGCGUGGAGGGAGGUUGACAAACACGUCGCCAACGUCGAUAAUGUGACACUGCAUUGGCAGCAGAGCUGGCACCCCUGCUUAUCUGUCCUCCGAAUUUGUAUCCUGGGCAGUUUCAGCGGUUUGCUCAUGGUUCGCGGGAUGGGAUUAGAACUGGAGGGGCGAGGCCAACGACAGGAUGGGAGCGCUGCCUACUUUGCAAUGCAAACCUCUCAUCAUGAGAUAUCGCAGUUGAUGCAAGCGAUGCAGUCUGGACAGCAGCACGACGGAGAUUCUGUAGUUGAGGCGUCGAGUUCAGUGGUGUUGGAAACGUGA